ACUUAGCCAAGUUUCAUACCAUUCACGUUAAUUGACAUUCGCUGUGCUGCGGAGUUCUGCGCCAUGGUCACCCUGAACAAAACAGCUGUUCUCCAACACAUGCUGCUGAACUGCUCAAUUGUUAUUCAACAAUACGCUCAGAUUUCGGUUGCAGCGAAAAAAGUUAGAUAUUAAGAGUUGCAGAACAAACGAAUUCAGUUCCACAUGUUCACAAUGCGUGCCGCACUGCCUUGCGGCAAACAAUUCGCCUCAAUCCUAACCAAAGCUUAUCGUGGAGGCGGAAGCACAGCUACCGGCCUCAGUAUCACAAUUGCGGGCAGAACUGCAGCAGCUACAGCCGUGCCGCACAGAUGGUAUGCUGCCGGACCGGCCUCCCCAGCAGCAGCUGCCGAUGAUGGUGCGAAAGGUAGUGGCCUGAAGCGGAUCUACUAUGGCACGCUGGCGUCGCGCAUGAAAGUCGUCAAGGUGUUCUCACUGACUACGAGUCUGGCUGGCUUGGCUGCGCAACCCAUUUUGCUGGAGCAGGGAAUGAAAAUCGGUGGCACAGGCCUGGCUGUUUUCAUUUGUACCACGGCCGGCUUUUUCACAUUUGUCACGCCACUGCUGCUGCACUUUAUAACCAAGAAGUACGUGACGGAGCUUCAUUAUAACCCCUCCACUGAUCAAUAUAUAGCAACAACAAUAUCCCUGCUGCUGCAAAAGAUUGAGACGAAAUUCCGCACCAACGAUGUGACCGUGCCUGAAGUGCCCGGAAUGUUCACUUCGUUUGUCGUCGGCAAGCGUGCCUUGUUUGUGGACCCGGCCCUAUUUGAUGAUCCCGAGCACUACGUGCGCAUCAUGGGCUAUGACAAGCCCGUUGAUUUUAAGUUGGACUUGAGUGCAGACACGACCGACGAUAAAAGAACAAAAUCAUAGAUAAUAAAAUAAGUUGUUUGGCCUCAAUUUUUAAUUCGUAUAGUGUGUGAAAUAUUAGGUAGCGUGUGAAAUAUUAGGUAGUAUGUGAAGCGAUUCGAACGAUAUUUGUAUAACUGAUUAAUUCUGUAUCUCAAAUAUUUAUUCAUAAGUAAUAUUCUCAAAGUUGUCCUGAUCUUUUCACAUGUAAAACACUUAAUAACCUUGUCUUAAAACAGUCUCAAGAUUUCCCACUAGACUGAAAAUUAAAAGAAUUACUUGAA